AUGUAGAUCGCCUAUGAAAGGUUGUAUGUUUUCGGGUCCAUCUCAUCCAGGGGGGCGGUUGAAGAUUUAUAAUCCCAAAAGGCCAACACAGGAACCCCAAGUCUGGUUCAAUGAACUAGUGUAGGACUGACCCUUGCUGCAUAUACAUAUGUGAUCUACAGUAACAUAACCAGAAAAACACUACAGAUUCUAAACCAACGGCAUAUAAAUUUGAACCCAGCCUUAGCCCGCCAAAACUUAUCUUCUCACACCGACAACACCUGUGUGUUCUACUUCAACUACGUCCUGACACCUUCAUUCAAGAUGAAUAUCAACCAAGAAGGGUUCCAACGUCGCUUAGGUGCUCUGCAGAAAAUACUACAGCAGUACAACUUGAAGUCGACGCAAGUAACUCCGAUUGCCUACGUUGAGCACUGCCCCUUUCAUUUCAACAAUUUCAUUUACAAGGUGGAUCUCGAGGCACCGGCAGUUCCGGCAACAUUCGCUAGGCAACAGCCAUGUACUUCGGCUCCGCCUCAGGAAGGCGUCACGGCGCUAGUAAUCCGCAUGAGCAACCCUCUUGCCGAGGGGCUUAACAAUGCCAAUCGCGUCGAAAACGAUAUAGCUGCGCAGCACCUCGCGCGCCAAUCCAUCAAAGACGCCGGCUUACCCCCCGUGGUGCCCGCGGUUUACGCCUGGGCUCCUUGCAGAUACCCCGAUGUGCCAGGCGAGGACGGGUUCGGGUGGACAAUGAGCGAGUUCAAGCCAGGCUCCGACCUGGAUGCUCAGUUUCCUUCGCUAACUCUCGACGAUGCCGUAGACGUAAUCCGACAGCUAGCGAAAUUCUUCGCCGCCAUCCAAAGUGCUAAGAUACCCGAAACAGUGACCACAUUUGGAGCACUGACUGUAGACGAUAGCGGUGCCAUCACAGGCGGACAACCACCGCUUCUAAAAGGGGGGCCGUUCAGCUCGUAUGCGGAAUAUUGGACUGCUAUUCUCAAAGCGAAGUUAAGCGAAGCGGACGAAAGCCCGUUGCUAAAAGGAUGGAAAGACGGAGGUGUGCGGGAACGAAUCGACAAAUUCCUCGCAUCAGGCGGCGUAGACAAAGUUCUAGAGAGCGUUGACACUGACAAGAGGGUUCUGGUACACGGAGACCUAACUUUGAACAACCUACUAUAUGACAGCGCAACUAAGCGCAUCACAUCUAUUCUCGACUUCGACUGGUCGGGUGUCACACAUCCCUGUGACGAGUUUCUGACGGGACUUUGGGAUAUAGGGGGAGGUAUCCACGAGAGGAACGAAAAGUUCUUGCCAAUGCUUCUAUCGGGCGAUUUCAGCACUCAACUUGAAGGGCUAUCAGCCGAUGAGGCCAGAAAGUGGGAGGUAGCCAAAGCUUGGGACAAGGCCAUCGCCGAAGCGGGCGCCAUAAGACCAAGUGAUAUUGCUGGCGUGGAUCGUAUACAAGCAUUAAAAGACCUGGAGGACUCGCUAUGCCCAUUCGAAUUGGCUAACGAGGUUAUGCUGAAGCGUAAGUCGGACGAGGAGAAGCUCAAGAAGAAAAAUGAGAUGGAGAUGAAGAUUCUGAAGUGGCUGGAGACUUAUGACACUGCUUAGUGAGGCUGAGUAUGAGACACGAUGUAUGGAUGGCGAUAUCUAUUUUGGAUAGUAGCCAUAGUAUACUGAAUACUAACCACAGCCAUCUAGAGAAU